AUGUUAUUUAUCGGAGUAAAAAGAAUCUUAAACAUAAAUAUAACCAAAUUUUAUUGUUUAAACAAUUUUUCAUCUCUAAAGAACAUAAAUCAAUAUUCCACGACUAAGAAGUAUUUAAAGGAUGAUGAGAUAUUGGUUGAGAAAGUACGGGUACUGAAGGAUAAGAAGUUUAUGGGUGAUUACUCGAUCCAUGAAGCAAAGUUGCUCGCUAAAAAAUUUAAUUCAAAUUUGAUUCUUUUUAAACCAAAUUCAAUCCCACCUAUUUGCGUAAUACAGAAUUAUUCUGAUUUUAUCAAAUCACUAGAAAAUUCUAGUACAACUGGUGUUGUUAAUGAAAGUAAAGAAGAUGAUAAGGGUGUUUAUGCUUUCGAUCCUUCAUUAAAGGGCAAAACUAUUCAAAUAUCUGAGAAUUGUGCAAUUCCAGACUUGAAUAGAAAAUUAUCUUCCAUCCGUAAGUUCAUCACCUCUGGCCAUAAAGUUGAUAUUAUACUUCAAACCACCAACAAAAGCAGAAAAUUGACAAAAAAUAAACAAAACACUAAUAACAUUGAAAAUAAUAUAAUUGAAGAAAAGGAUUCAAAGUUACAUAAGGAGGAAGAAGGUGUGUUAAUCCAGAGGAUAGAUUACAUAUAUUCAAGGCUAAAUGAUAUAGCAAAACCUUUUACUGUAAAAAAUAAACUUAACCUAAAUUCUAGGCAAAUUAUUCUAAAAUUUUAUCCUAAACAGUAA